AUGGCAAUAGAAGACGAAACAAAUGAGAGUGCUCCCAGACGAGCGAACGUACCAGCUGCUCCAACUGUUUUCCCUACGAUAGAUCACAAUCACCCUCUAUUUCUUCAACCGACAGAUACUCCAGGUAGCUCGCUCAUCUCUCUUCAUCUAACUGGCUCGGAUAACUAUGCUUUGUGGAGUCGAUCUAUGAGAAUAGGUCUGUUAGGUAAAAGCAAACUAGGAUUUGUGGAUGGUAGGUAUCCAAAAUCAAAGUUGGAACCUGAAUUUCAUGAGCAAUGGGAAAAGGUAAAUGUUGUAGUACUCUCUUGGAUUAUGAAUGUUGUGCGUCCAGGUUUGUUAAGUACUGUAGUGUAUGCCUCCAAUGCACACAAGGUGUGGGAAGAUCUGAAGGAAAGAUUUGACAAAGUGAAUGAAUCUAGGGUUCUGUACUUGCAUAGAGAGAUCCAUACACUAACACAGGGAACAAUGAGUAGUCAAAAGAAAUAUGCUGAGCACUUUGAAUAUCAUAGCCUGCUUCAGUUCCUUAUGGGACUGAAUGACUCGUAUUCUCAAGCUCGAAGCCAAAUAAUGAUGAUGACACGAGUGCCUAGUAUUAACAAGGCAUAUUCUCUUCUUAUGGAUGUUGAAAGUCAGAGAAACCUGGCAAACUUUACGCAAAUGGUGCAAGUAACAGAAGUUAAUGACAGCACUGCUAUGUAUGGCAAAAAAAUUCAAAUCCUGGCACUGGACAGUUUAGAGCUCAGAAGAAGACACUGA